CAAACACCCGCCCUCUCCCCAUUCAAUGGCAGUUGCAAAUGAUACCAGAAUGGUUUGAGUGCAGAUAAAUGAUCCCGGGUGUUGAUCAAAGCGACUCGCAGCUUCUGUGCAUGCUAACUAUCUCUAUCUCUUUGUGCAGAUAUUGGACUUGUUUGCAAUGACAAUAUAACAGUAUACAUUAACACAUGAUGCGCACGAUUUAAAUUGAUUGUUAAGUACUGUUCAGUUGCCAGGAGAUCCAAGUCAAUUUAUCAAUUUAUGAAGUAAAAUUUCUCUUGAAAAGGCUGCAGGAAAGGUCUUCCACACCGGCAUAAAUCGAACGUGGAUUUAUAGGAAGGAUGGGUCUUCAAGGAAAUAAUCCUGGAACAUACUUUGCCUUCUCUUUGAUCGUGAUUGUCUCAAUUCUCGGAAACAUGUUGGUACUUGGAGUCUUAGUCUUGAAACGGGACGCGCUCAAAAAACCGUACAACAUAUUCAUCUGUAGUUUGGCUUGUACAGAUGUUAUUACAGCUUUGUUCCUAAUAUUCAGUCGCUACCUGUAUCUUCCUGACAUGCCCGAGAGUAAGUUCGCGGCAUCUCUCUUCUGCAGCACGAUCUGGAACGCGUGCGUCUUAUUCGGCCUGGGUUAUGUCUCUAUUUACACAUGCCUCGUUCUAACGAUUGAAAGAUGGUUGGCAAUCGUAAAGCCGAACACUUAUCGAAAAACGAAACCGAAGCACGCUGUUGUGGUGGUUGGAGUUGUUUGGUUCUGGGGGCUCCUGGUUCAGGCGACAACACUCUUCCGCGCAAAACCUGAUUUCGAGAAAGGAACUUGUAAGUGGGUGAAAUUGAGCAUCGGUGAAGGUCCAUUUCCGUAUAUUGACAUGACACUUCAAUGCAUCAUUCCUUUCUCAAUAAUGGUUGGUUUAUACUCUCACAUGCUCUACAAGGUGAAGAAACUGCCAUAUCUACUACAAGGCCGUGGCGCAUCUAUCACAAAACGUAUCACAAUCCUAGCCCUGGCUGCUUCCUGUGCCCUAAUCAUUGGCUGGCUGCCAAGUCGUGUUAGUUUCAUGUUGAGCAAGCUGAAUCUCAACGAUGCUAAUGGGCUACACAUUUCUGGCUGGUUGUCUUCUCGUUCGCCAAUUCCUCUGUCAACCCUGUACUUUACGGCAUUUAUAGCUCGGAGUUUCGUAAUGAUUACAAAGCGUUGUUAAGGAGGAUCUUCUGCUGCAUCAAAGGCAGCACUACAGUCUCACCUGUCGCAGAAAUGUCGCAAACUGAUUGCUCGGUGAAUUGUGUCACGGUUGCUGAAUUCAAAGAAACAAAGACGGCAAACGGCGAAGGAUCUCCGCCUAAAAUUGCAUGGAAUAAAAUGCAAGACACUUUAUAGACUUACUUCUUCAAAUUGUGUGAGAUACAACGAGGCAAAUUGAUAUAAGUAUAGUAACUGCUAGUCAGCUAGGCCCCUGCAGUAAGUGUAGUCCGCUUAUAGUUCACCUUAUCGGAGCAAAAUUAAAUGAGGAUUCUCUUCAUUUUGUGCUCAUCAGUUAUUAAUAAAUGGUGAAAUGUUUGUUCAAGAAUAAUAUGUAUAUAUUUGAUUAAUAUACUCGUAGUAUGG